AACCCCUCAAUUUCAAACACACACACACACACUCGUUCAUGUGUUUUUCUGAUGGCAUUGGCGUUUCUCCGACGGAUCUCCAGGCUCCUGAUGGUCCUGAUCGUCUUUCAAGGUGUGUGUGUGAUGUUUUAUUACACACGCAACACACACUCCUCCAGAGAUGGGAUGACGGACACGCUUCAGCUGCUGCGCUGCGCUAAACUCAGACACAAGUUUUCUAUUAUCAAACCGGCCAAAAGUAUAAACCUGGAGAGUUUCACGCGGGAGCUGUCAGAUUUCAUGAGCUGCCCGUACAAAGAAAACACUACCGAGCGCGAGCUGAACAGAAUGAGGCUGCAGUUUUGCUGUAACGCCACAGGAUCGUUACUCCUCACCAAACAAAACACAGCGGUUGAUCAGACCAUCCCAUAUGAGACGAGCACAAUUAAAACAUACAAAAUGAAUGCAGUCGUUCACAGCAUGCUGCCUGAGGAUUUCCCCUGGAGCGGUCGUCGUCUGGGUCGGUGUGCUGUGGUCGGCAGCGGUGGGAUUCUGAAGAACAGCAGCUGUGGACGUGAGAUUGACAGCGCAGACUUCGUCAUACGGUUUAAUUUGGCGACAAUUAAUGACAGUGAUGUUGGGCUGAAGACGGAUUUCAUAACCAUCAACCCCAGUCAGAUUCGAUUCAAAAAUCUGGAGCAGAAUCCGGAUCCGUUGGUGGAGCGGGUCAGUGUGUACGGAAACGCAUCCCUCGCUAUGGCCGCCUUCGCCUACACCUUCUGCACUGGACAGUCAAUCAAAACUCUCAAAGUCCUCCAUCCAAUCAGACCUCAGCAGCCGGUGGUGUUCUUCAGCCCCAUUUACCUUCGAACAUUGGACCGUUUCUGGAAGGGGCGUGGCCUGAAGUCAAUCCGCCUCUCCUCUGGGUUUAUGUUAAUUAACACGGCGCUGGAACUGUGUGAGCAUGUGCAUGUUUACGGAUUCUGGCCGUUUGGAACCGACCUGCAGAACAAUUCCAUUCCGUAUCAUUAUUAUGACGAGUUGAAACCGCAUCCUUACAUGCACAAGAUGCCGGCGGAGUUUGUGCGGCUUCUGCAGCUCCACAGCCAGGGGGCGCUAACACUGCACCUGCAGCCCUGCUCCUCAGACGUACACUGACUUGUGAUCUAAUUUUGACUGACUGACAUUUAUUUAUAUGAGAGGACAUAUCAGUGGCGAGCAGUGACUUUUUUUAACCAAGUAUGCUGAGUGCUAUGUUAUGAUACAUAGCCUAAUAUUCAGAGGGUGGGGAGAUGGUGGAUUCCCCCGCUCUAUAUGGCUCUGCAUCGAAUGAAUGAUUUUUAUUUUAUUUUUUUUUAUUCCCAGUGAAUGGAAAUUAAAACUCCCACCCGGGUGACACUACUUCUAUAAUAGACCAAGAAAAAUACCAAUCUUUAAAAUAUUGCCGCCAAGUAAUGUUGCAAACAACAAUAAAAUCAGAAGCAAGUGACACAAGCAUAUGGAAAUCAAAGAUAUUGUUUCCUCUUUUUUUCCUGAUGUUUGUUAUUAUUUCAAUUGGUAUAUACAUUUUAUAAUAUUUUUUUUUUUUUAAUUUAUCACUUAGACAUGUUUACAAUAACGUAUAUCUUCGACAUUGUCUAUAACCAGAUAUUUUUAGUGGACUUUCAAAAUUCGCUUUGCUUGAAAAAUCAUGUUUUUGUUUUUUUUGUUUUCCAUUUGAUUUAGUCUAGUUAGUUUUGCAUCAAACACAAUGUAAUUUUUGGCAUUCGAGAUCUGGCAGCAACAGUGCAUUUUUCCGCUCAGAAGAGCGCUUCGCGGACUACCUCGUGCAUGAAAUCAGUCGCAUGCCUGCAAACCACUGAGUACGUGCUACAAUCGUACGUGCUGAUAAGUUUCAUAGCAAUAGUGUGGAGGCGAGAAAGCUGCGGAGAAUAGGCCUACGCUUGCCCGAAAGCAACCGCAACUGACAUAGAUUACAGAAAAUUACCAUUGUUCUUCAAUUAAUAAUUUUACAUUCUUAAUCCCAACACUUUAUUAUGCUUUGUUACAUCUUAAAUGACAAGGGAUCAACUUAUUAUCAUGUUUAUAUUAAUUAGCCCGUGAACUCAUUCUCUCAGACGGCCUGGGGAGCAUUUAGACGGAACGCCACUUGGACAUAUUAAUUAUAUUAUAAAUGAGGGCAUAUUAUAUAAUGAAAUUGUUUUAAAUGAAUGCAAAAGCACAAAACUAUGCGUCAUCUUUAUCAUUUCAGGAUGAAACGAAGAAUGAUGUUUUGUCAGAUUUCACUGGAGAUUUUGUCACCAAACUACUUGGGAGAUCUAAAGCAUGGUAUUUAUUUCCUCAUGUGAUUGUACUCAAUUUUGGGAUCCAUUAUGUUUGAUAUGCAAUGUGUUAUUGAAAUGUAUCGUGUCUUUGAUUAUUUACAGACAAAGUUUUAAAAUAAAGUUAUAAGUUUGAGCUCCGCUGAAUACAAACAUACAGUGUUUCUGUGGCUGACAGAUCUUUCCCUGACCUGUUUCUUUUCGUUUUUAGCACCGGUUUCUCAGGGCGCACACCAAAUCCUAUCACGGGCUGUUUCUCAAUAUGCGUUCUUGUCUGUACUUGUGUUCUUGUGGACUUGUGAAACGUCAUCAGUCGUCGCCCAAGUACUGUUCCAAUUCAAAGUUCACAUCCCCGGAUGUGUUCUUGCUCCGCCCCCUUUAUCAAGGAUGCAUCCAGGGGUGACUUGUAUGAACUUGAGGCAGCUAGGCAUCCCAGAAUGCAUUUCGCACCAAUCAACCAACGUUAAUGGCGGAGGGGAAAACCGUUACAUUUUCAAAAUAUUACUGUUAUUGUGCCAUGAAAUGCCAUUCUAAGAGUAUUUCAGGCAAGAAUGUAGUUGUUUAAAACUCAAAUCUACGGUUUAUUCGUAAAGAUAGCGCCUAUUUGAAAAUUAGUUUUGCCGAUUUCGGAGACGUGAGCUCCACGCGAUCACCAGGCACUCAGUGCUCAUGUAUCCCACUGAGAGCAGCCUCACAGCGGCUAGUCCUUCAGACAUUUGCUUCUGGCACUGAUGUCUCUGUAGUGAGGUAAAAUUAGUUUUGGGUAAAUCUAACAGACAAUCUUUGGUCUCACAAAUGUAUUAUUUCUUCCAGGUCAUAUCGUUUUGGCUGAGCACAAAGUUAUGUUUCAUAAAUUAUUUAUUUAUUAAUCUUAAUACAGCACUUACUUUGUUAACGUGACUGAAUUGUUUGCUUUUGUCUUUAUUUCCUAUUACAUAAGUCUCUUAUACUUUAUACUUUUAUGAUGGCUAUUAUUGUCCAUUAAA